AUGUCGUCCUUACUGUUGUUCCUCAUAAUAUGCUCAAUUACACCACAUAUAGAAGGAUGGGGCAGGGUUGGCCAUAGUCUAGUUGCUCAUCUUGCUGAAAGUCUACUGGACGAAAGAGCACUCAAGUGGGUAAAAACUCGUUUGACAAAUCAAAUGAGUGAAAUAGCCUUUUGGGCAGAUACUAUUCAUUUUGACACAGACAAUUUAUUUGGUUUCAACGCAUGGAGAUGGUCAAAACCGUUACAUUAUAUCAAUACACCACCGUGGGAUUGUAAUUAUAUAUACGAAAGAGAUUGCAUCAAUGAUAGAUGCAUUCAUGGUGCAUUGAAAAAUUAUUCUACACGACUAAAGACAUUUGACAAUAAUGUACAUCAUCAGCAAGAUUUUUUCUUUCUUGUUCAUUUUGUUGGCGAUAUUCAUCAACCGUUACAUGCAGGCUUUAAUAAUGAUGCAGGUGGAAAUGGUGUUUCAGUUCGCUUUAUGAAUUCCACAGCCACAACUAAUCUGCAUUCAUUAUGGGAUACCGGUAUGUUGACGCAUCGUAUGCGUACUGAAUUUGCAGGGAAUAUUAAUACGUAUUAUGCAUACUUGCAUUCGAAAAUGUUAAAUGAAGCUUCAAAAAUCAAUGAUGAUAAUUUUACACAGUGGGCUAGUGAAAGUUUAGAUAUUGUUUGUAAACAAAUCUAUUUCAAUGAAAUGAACGUGACGAUGAAUUCAUCAAUUAGGUAUAAUUUGGGCGAAUGGUACUAUCAACGAAGUUGGCCUGUUGUCGAAAAGCGUCUUAUUCAAGCUGGUGCUCGUCUGGGUGCUUUACUUAAUAGAAUCUUAAUAAAGCAUACAGAGUCCACAAAGCCACCAGCUACAACAUCACAACGUGGUUGUUACAAUGCCGCGUUCUCAAUAAAAUUUUCUAUGUCGAAUUUUCUAUUCAUUUUUUUGGCGCUUUCUUAUUCACUUGAUACCAAAACUGUGGUAUGA